AUGGCCUCGCGGUCGGGCUCGCGGUCGCUUCGGUCGGCCUCCCCGCGGUCCUCGCGGUCGCCCUCGAAGGCUGCAGUUGACUUCGAGGAAGAUCUUCCUGGGUACUACCUCGUUGUCCAUAACAAUGCAGCUGUGAGGGAGACUUCGUCACUAGAUUCGCCAGUGGUCGCACAGCUCGCUGCUGGCGAGGUUGUCCAUGUCCUGGAGGUCCUGCCAAUGCCGCAGGUCGACAGGGUCAGGGCGAAGAUCGACCAUCCAAGCGGAUGGAUUUCGUUGCUGGAAACGAAGGAGGGCUAUCGCUGGGCGAUAAAGCAGGCUGGGGCUCCGAAAGACCCGUGGGCCCUGAAGAAGGCGCAGCUCGUUGCAGACGUGAAAAGACGUGAUGCCGAGCUGCAGCAGCUUCUCGCAGUGGCUGAGAGGCUGCGUGCGGAACACCAGCGCUCCCUGCAAAGUACAGAGGAGAUUGCGGCCGAUGUGGAGGAACGGGUCCUGAAAGGAUACCGCGUGUGCGACUGGAGCUCCAGCGGACAGCCGGCUACUCCCUUCGCCUACUCUGAGAAGGCUGCACAGAUGCAGAAACUGGCGGUGCAAGUCGGCCGGCACUCUGGGGCCGAGCACCGCGUGACGUCCCUGGAGCUGGAGCUGGAUCCGGGCUGCCACGGAAGGCCCAGUUUGCUUUGCUGCCGCCUGAGGCUGAAGACCGAUGGGAAGGAUCGGUCGCCUUCAGAGGUGACGGAUCCUACCGACCCGAAGUACCAAGUACCCGCAGGGCUGCCACCCGGGUCGAAGGUAGUGGGCUUCCGCAAACUGCCUUCCCCGCACACAGAGGAAGCUCAACAGGAGAAACCGCAGGCAUCUGGCCGGGUUGUUCACUCCAAUGCGAUCCUGCAGCCGAGCCGUGUCUACUCGACACAGCCAGCGGAUGUUUACCCUGCUGAGGGCGUGUACCCGAUCGUACGAGCGCCAAUGGGUGUGGCGACGAAUCUGCUUGAGAGGCCACUCGCUGAGGCAAGUGCCGCGCACUGGACUGCCCCGGAGGACUUCGGGGAGGCCCAAAGCUGCCUUCGAUCCGAAGCGGCUACAUGCUUUUGUCACCAAAUCGAUGUGCCUAUCGCCGGUCAAUAA